AUGAUUUUGAGUAGGCUACCAGUGGCAUUUACAGGUCUUAUGCUCAUUAUUAAUUCUGUCAAAACUGUCAGGAAUCGCUCUAGAAUAUGCUUUACGGGACCAUUCGGUAUUAGGAAUAGAUAUUGCUUCAACCAAAUGGCACAAGUAUCGGAUUUACGAACAUGGCAAGCGCCGAGCAAGGAAAACAAACAGAUUACGGGGCUUCGCGUUAGGAAUUCGCUUUGCCCGCAAGAAAAGGUCGAGUUUGUACCAGAAGAAGGAAGGCAGAUAAAAUGGUAUUCCUGUGGACCAACUGUCUACGAUGUCGCCCAUUUGGGUCACGCAAGAACGUACAUUGCCUGCGAUAUCAUUCGUAGCAUUCUGGAGAAUUACCUAAACUACGACGUAUUCUUCGUGGUAAAUAUCACAGAUGUAGACGAUAAGAUCAUACAAAGAGCUGCAAACGAGGGUAAAAGCGUAUCUGAAGUGGCUUCACAUUGGGAGAAGGAAUUUUGGGAAGAUAUGAUUGCCUUAGACGUACGCCUACCGGACUGUAUUACAAGAGUUAGCGAUUACAUGGAAGACAUUGUAAAGUUCAUUGAGAAAAUCAUAGCUAAUGGCUAUGCAUAUGAAUCCGACGGAAGUGUAUACUUUGAUAUAGAAGCAUUCCGUAACAGCGGUAAACAUGUAUACGCCAAGCUUGAACCAACAAGUUUCAACGACUUGAACCGUCUCUUGGAUGGAGAAGGAACCUUGGGUGAAGUAUCCGCCAAUAAGAAAUCAAAAAGUGAUUUUGCACUUUGGAAAAAGUCAAAACCAGGAGAACCAUAUUGGGAGAGUCCUUGGGGAUUAGGCAGACCCGGUUGGCAUAUAGAAUGUAGCGCCAUGUCUAGUAGCAUAUUUGGAGAUUCUGUCUUUGAUCUCCAUUCUGGAGGUAUUGACUUGAGAUUUCCACAUCAUGACAAUGAAAUUGCACAAUCCGAAGCAUAUCUUGAUACCAACAAAUGGGUCAACUACUUUAUUCAUUUUGGCCAUUUGCACAUUCAAGGGCAGAAAAUGAGCAAGAGCUUAAAGAACUUUACAUCAGUCAAGGAAAUGCUACGUAAAUACAACAAGAGACAGAUACGUCUCUUAUUUUUGACUAGCAGAUACGAUUCUACAUUGAACUUCAAUUCCGGUCCAGACGGAAUGGACGAAGCAGUAGCUAUUGACGAGUCCUUCUUUCACUUUUUUGGACUUUUGAACUCGCGGAUAUCUCCACUUGAUUCACCACAAAAAUGGACAGUUGAUGAUUUGAAACUUAAUGAUGACUUCCAAACAUUAAAACAAUUGGUUCAUGACGCUAUUCUUGAUAACUUUGACACUCCAAGAGUUAUUUCAGCAAUAUCAAAGUUCAUUGGAAUCAUAAAUAGCUAUUUGUCUGCGCCAAAUAAAUUUCUCAAACACUCCCAGGGCAAAUCAUUUAAGGAUUAUCUCUACCGCAUCCUAUCUAUGCUAAAGUUAGUCAAACCUGGUUGUGAAUAUGGAGGUAAAGAAAUCUCAGAAUCACUCAACGAAAAGGCAAUCCUUAAGGAGCUGGCGGAUUUGCGUCAACAGACAAGAAAGUUUGCACAAGGUGUACUAAAGAAUGAGGUAACCAAUGAUAAGACCAAAGACCUGCUUAAAUACUGUGAUAAAGUAAGGGAUGUAAAUCUUCCAUCCUUGGGAAUAAUCCUGGAAGAUUGUGACAAUGGAGAAUAUCGACUAAAGUAUAAAUCAUUAGAGGAGCAAGAAGCUGAAAAGCAGAGAAAAUUGGAGAAGCAACAACAAAGGGAACUUCUUGAGAAGGAACGAUUGGAAAAAUUGAAUACUCCACCGGAGGAAUUUAUACACAAGACAUAUCCAAAUAAAUUUGGGAAACUAGAUGACAAAUUUAUCCCAAUUGAAUAUGCAGAUGGGACACCCAUAUCCAAAUCGGAGCGUAAAUCCCUGGAAAAGGUAUCUCACAUUUUCUAUUUAUUUUUAAUUUCCAUAUACUAUUCAGAUAAUGGACAAACACAUGAAGCAGCAUUUUAA